AUGUCAGAUCAAGAGAUAGAAGCAACAAAAGCUAGAAUAAUUAAGCAUAUGAAUGCUGACCAUGCAGACUCUUUAUCUUUGUUUCUUCAGUUUUACUCUCACCUAUCACCCAAAGCAGCAACAGGUGCCAAGAUCAUUGACAUCUCACUGAACGAAUUGAAGCUUCAGACUUCCGACCAAAAAACUGAGAUACUUGCUAUUCAACCGCCGAUGAAUACGUGGACUGAAGUGCGAACAAGAAUGGUAGAAAUGGACACAUUGGCCCGAGAAGCGUUGGACGUCUCGAAUAUUUACAUAACCAACUAUUUGCCGCCGAAAAAAUUAAUACACAUUACAGUCUUUGGCACUUGUCUUUUCACUUUUGUCAAUUUUGCGUUGGCCUGGCGGAAAAGUAUUAUUGUGCCCGGCACGUACUACUACGAUAAAAUACUUAUCUGGUUUCCCGGUGGACCCGAGAUGUUUCUCAAAGUGGCAAACGUAAUUACCCUACCCGUCAUUGCAAUUCACCUAGCGGAGGCCUAUUAUCUAGAUAGGAGCAGAUUACGAAGACAUGGAAUUGAUAGAGGAACAAAAGUCUGGUGCCUGUGGAUUUUGAGUUGCUUUAUUGAAGGCAUUGGCUGCUUCCAGAGAUUCGAUGCCGAAGUAAGGAGAAAAAACGAUCUAGCAGCUAAGGCUAAACACUAG